AUGGACCGUUCGAGAGUGGGUGGCUCAUCGGUCUUCCCUAAAGAUGGAAAUGGGAAUGGACUAGAGGGGGAAGGGUCGUGCACUGUCCGUGACAUUUCUCUAAAGUGCUGCCACGCCUUGAAGAAAGCCACGGAAACAACUGAUCGGAGCAAGCGGUCGUACGGGAACCUGGGCUUCGUGCUGAGCUCGCGCGGGAAGAUCGCCGAGGCGGAGUGGGCGUUCCGCAUGGCGCUCAAGUACCGCAGCAACAUGGCCGACGUGCACUACAACCUGUAA